AUGCUUACAAUCUUUAACGAUUCUUUAGCAAUAAAUAACAACGUUACAUCAGAUGACACCAUUAUGCAGAAUAGCCUCAUGUUUAACACUAGCAAUGAAGGUACCAGUUUCCUUCUGUUUAACGAUGUACUGGAUACGCACAUUGUAGACCUGCUCCACGUCUUCAUUAACUGCUUCAUGGUAAACAUUAUGUGCGCCUUCGGGAUCGUCGGAAACUGCAUCAACAUUGCCGUUUUGUGCCAGCACGGAUUUCGAGAAACAACAAACAUAAUUCUGUUUUCCCUGUCCGUAUCUGAUCUUAUGUACUGCUUGGUUGUACCUAUAACCAAACUGCGAUUUGUUAUCAUGUUCUUUAGCGAAGCCGUUGCUAUCACAGCGCAAACAUUUGGUACUGUCUACUUGUUCAUGCCCAAAUUUGUGUAUCUAGCCAGUAGUUUUACUUAUGUUUCCAUCAUUGCUGUGGAGCGCUUUGUUGCGGUGUUCUUCCCAUUUCACGUCACGAAAAUCUUCAGCCGACACAACAUGAGAACUCUUGUACUAUCAGUUCCAAUAGUCACUGCAAUCGCCCUGAUCCCGACAUUCUUCGCGUUAACAUAUGAAUGGGUUUUAGACCCCAGAUUUAACAUUACAGUGGCCACGAUGAAGUAUACAGAGUUUUAUUUAACCUAUCAUUCAAUCAUUGACUCUUAUGCCUGGGUUGGUCUCAGCAACGGCUUUUGCGCUACAAGUUUAAUAGUGGUUGUGACGUGCUGUAUCGCUAUCGGGAUUAAACUUAUCCGAGCUGUGGUUAAGAGAAAAGAGAUGACCCAAAGAGCUGCAACCAAGGAUAAGGCAGUAAAAAUGUUAGUCACCGUUUGUGUUGUGUACAUCGCCAUUGCUACACCCAUCGUUACCUUGUACUCUUAUUUUCAACCUGCUUUUAUUUUCACAUCCUCAUUGUAUGAGCUUGUAGAUAGCAUUGGGGUUUUUCUGAGUUGUAUCAACGCAUCGGCCAACUUUGUUAUCUAUGUGACCAUGUCUGAGAAGUUUGCCAACACUUAUAGAAGGCUCCUGUCUUGCUCUGGUGAACUUUAUCGACGAGGCAGCAAACGUUACUCAUCAAAAAUUAUCUCAGUUUGA